AUGGCACAAUCCAAGAACAACAAGACCGGAGAAUCAACAGCCAGUCUUGAGCCUGAGAACUCCUCGCAACAGGACAACGACGCCUCCACGGAGAUGCCCAUUCAUAACAUCACUCUUGAACAACUUCAUACACUCCAGAAUCAGGUCUCAGCCCUUUUCUCCAUCCACCAAGAGUUGCAAGAGACCAUGGAUCUCAUCACAGAGGCAGUCAAUCAGAUCAUUGAUGAUCCUGAGCGAGUUGCAAUGUCCUUUGAAGAAACUCUGGUACUCAUCAAAGAUGUGAUCGACCGUAGUGAUGAAUACUCCGAGCACAUCAAAGAUCUCUGAAAGAGAUUGUCAGACCAUUGCGCCAUGUAGCCUCACUUGAUAUGGCUUUGGCCCAAGGACUUGGACACGUUCUGAGCAACGAAGUACUCCUGGAGGAGCUUCGCUUGAUUUGUCGUGAUUAUUGAAUGAGCUUGAAGAAGGAAGAGAGAUCCAAAGGGCUUUUGGGUUGGAUGAAAUACAACAUUAUUUGAUGCAGCUCAUUUGAGGGAAAUUCGUUGUGCCAUACUAAUCUGGAUGGUAUCUUGGAGGGAAUAUGGUGAGG